UUUGGUUAUUAGUUGCUCAGCUCCUUCUUGACGUAUUUAGUUAUGAGAAGUUCUUCAUUUAAUUUGCUUAUAAAAAACUAAUCAUUCAAAAGUUGAUAUUUUUGACCCUGUGAUAGAGAUAUUUGGAAGAACUAAUUAGGUCCCUUCAGAAUCGGAGAUGUUACCAUCAAUAAUAAAAGAAGGAUCGCCUUGUUGGUUUGAUUCUUUUGUAGCCUCUUCAUUCUGUCAAUGGCAGUAUCUAUACGCAAAUACAUCAAGUUACAGGGUAAGAAAUGGUCCACAUUUCAGCUUUCGAAGAUGAUCAUGGCCCUCGUUUUGGCACUUGGGUUUUUCAUGCUUAUUGCUCUUCGCUUCUUAUCUCCUCCUGAAACUUCUCACCACCGUUUCUCUUCCGUCCGGCAUACAGCAUUUCUAAGUGAUGGGUUGGGGAAGAGAGGAGAUCAGUGGGUUGAGUUCAUUUCUUGGGAGCCUAGAGCUUUUGUAUAUCAUAAUUUCUUGUCCAAGGAAGAAUGCUUGUACUUGAUUAGUCUUGCAAAACCUCACAUGGAGAAAUCAACUGUGGUUGAUAACGAAACUGGCAAGAAUGUGGAAGACAGUGUGCGAACCAGUUCUGGGAUGUUUCUGAAUAGAGGGCAGGACAAAAUCGUCAGUAACAUAGAGAAAAGAAUAGCAGAUUUUACUUUCAUUCCUAUAGAGCAUGGAGAAGGACUUCAAAUUCUCCAUUAUGAAGUUGGGCAGAAGUAUGAUGCGCAUUAUGAUUUCUUUGAUGAUGAGUUCAACCUCAAAGAAAUAGGCCAAAGAAUGGCCACCCUCCUCAUGUAUUUGUCGGAUGUUGAAGAAGGGGGCGAGACGGUGUUCCCGGCUGCGAAAGGAAACUUUAGCUCUGUGCCAUGGUGGAAUGAACUGUCUAAAUGUGGUAAAGGUGGACUCUCUGUAAAACCAAAAAUGGGAGAUGCUUUAUUGUUCUGGAGCAUGAAGCCGGAUACUACCUUAGACCCUACAAGUUUACAUGGUGCCUGUCCUGUCAUUAGAGGGAACAAAUGGUCAUGUACAAAGUGGAUACAUGUUAAUCAAUUAACAUGAGGGUGUAUUGAAAACACACUUUGUUGGGGAAGAAGACAAUUGGAAGACCACAGAUGAUUUUCUUUUUAACAUUAUACUUUUUUUAGUUUAAUUUGUUAUCCACCCUCUCAUAUUUUACAUAUUUAGUUGUCAGCAUAAUGCACGAAAAGUUUGAGAUAUUAAUACCAUGGGGUGGUAGAUUUGAAUUAUGUAUCUUGUGGUCAGUUGAGCUAAAUUCAUGUUUAAAAAAAAGUAAUUCUUUUUUUACAAAA